AUGGUUGUCUCCAUUCGCGUGCUGCGCUCCUUCACGCCGUACGCCAUCUUCGCCCUCACUUCGUAUCUCUGGAGCACGUUGUGGAAUCAGUUGGAGGGGCAGGCGGACCAGGUGGUGACGAUCGUGCAGUGUCAUCGGGGAUGCUAG